AUGCUAUGUACUGGUAGUGAUCAUAAUGACGACAGUGGUAUUAGUAAUACAAGUCCAGAUACUUAUAGUCUUUCAGAGCCUGGCAUAGUUGUUUCAACUCCACAAUAUCCAUUAGAUAACAUUAUUAAUUAUAAUCAGCAACAACAAAAACCACAGAAAAUCAAUGUUUCUUCACAAACUGUUCAAAAAAAUUCUUCGUGCUAUAUUGAUAUCCUUAAAAAUGAUAAUAAUCAAUCAAAAUAUAAGGUUGGUCCUUACACAAUUAUUAAUGAGCAUUUAUUCACAACCAAAAAUAACAUUCGUAAGAAUGUAUACAUGCCAAGCAUUUCUACUAAUCACAACAGAAUAAAAUUAUGUUAUGACAAAAAUAUUCAUAAAAUGUGGCAGAGGUAUGAAAAUCAGCUGUAUAAAUUCAGUGAAGUUACAUCAUCAUUCUCCUUGUCAACGUCGCCAUCAUCACUAACAUCUUCACCAUCCGUAACUUUAUCCUCAUCACCGACAUCAUCGUCAUCUUCGUCAACAAUUAAUUCAUUGAAAAAUGAGCUUUUUACUGUUACAAUGAACAGAACAUUUAAAAAUGACUCAUCUGAUUAUGAUGAUAGUGAAGGUGAUCAACAAGGUGAAGUCCAUCAAGAAAGAACUCAAAACAAGCACUCCACCGUUGCCAUUCGUCGUUUGGUCAGUAAAAAUAAAUAUCGUAUUAAAAAGGAUUUGACAAACGACAGUGAUAGUGUAUCUUAUCAGUCUCAACGCAAGGAAAAACAUUUAAACAAUAAAAUGAAUGUUUUCAGAAAGCCACCUAGCUUUCGUUACAUCAAAACUGUAAAAUUAAAUCAAACUAAAUCUUUAAUGAUUAUGGCUAAAUGUGAGCAAGUCUUCCUCAACUUUUUAUUAAUUGGACAACUUUUACAUUUUUUGGGUUUCUAUUUUACGAUGUAUUUCAACGCUUGCCGUUCCUUUUGUGGCUGCUGUUUGAUGGAUAAUAAACUUCAACAUUUACAUUACUUUCCUUAUCGUCGAAGUCGUGUAACCGACCAGUUAUUCACUCGGAGACAGAACCGUUUUAAGGCUUAUCAUAAGCGAAAAAAUCAGAUUGUGGACAAUGACAACAGCCAAGUAGAUAUCAAACAUCAAAGUAAGAAACUGCCAUCUCCUAAAAGACAAAUUUUAAUUUCUCGGCCUGAUAGUAUGCCGUAUCAUCAGCUUGUGACCAUCGGUAUUGCAAAAGACUUAAGGUCACAGUUUCAUAACGCUAAUCAAACGAAAAGAUUAACUACAUAUUUAAAAGUUGGGAGCCUAAUAAGCAUCUUGUAUUAUGGAGACAGAUUAAUUAAAUCAUCCACUAGUACCGAUUGGGGUAUCUGGUACUCUUCAAAUCAUGCGAAUUUAAGAGAAAAUAAUAAAAGCCAUUUUAUCAAUGAGAAUGUUGAUCAUCACCAUGUGGAUGAGGAAAAAUAUCUAUUAGAAAGAAAGACUACUAUUUUCGCAGAUAACAAUAUCUCUCUUCAGCAUCCCUUAAUAACUAAUAGUUCAAUAAUGCCUACAAGUAACUCGUACAUUAAUAAUCUGAAUUAUAGUUAUGUUAUUUUUUUUAAUUACACAGUAUCAAAUAAUAAGACAAAUGUAACAGCUGAUAAUUCAUAUAAAAACCAUGAUUUUCAUCAGAUCACUUACAUAAAUUGGUUAAGAUUAAUUAAUAAUGUAUUAUGGGUUCUUUUACUUGUCAUACAAAUACCAAUGAUGAUUCAACUAAAAAAGAUUUUUCCAAAAAUGUUGAGAAUGUACAAUGGAUUGCUGUUUGUACACGUAAUAGCUGCCAAUCUAACCAGUUGGUUCCGCAUGGCAUAUAUAGGAACGGAAAAUUACCUCAGCUACUAUCAUGAAUAUAAGUUAAACAAAACAUAUGAAAUUAAAGGUAACUUUAAUAGACUGUUAGUUUUGAAGGUUAUACAAAGUCCAGCAGCCUAUCUUCUAAAUUGUGUUGCUUGCUCACAUCUUCUAGUUGUAGUUUUGAUCUGGAUCAGUUGGAACGUCCGAAAACUAAUAAAAAAUCUUCAAAAUUCUGAAAAUAUACCUAGGAAAAAACGUCUUGUCCAUUGGGCUAAAGAAAGCAAUUCAUCAUCUCCUAUCCAUCAUAAAAAUUCAACAAUUUCUCGAAUUUCGCGAUCAGUAUCAAAUUAUAGUAACAACUUUUAUUGUCGUUGUGAAAGGAAAUCUUAUAUCUGUUGGUUGCUCAGUUUUUUUUCAGUAAUCAUUUGUAUCAUACAUUUGUUUACUUAUAGGCUGAAUGAAUUUCCACGAAUACUUAUGUGUUAUCUUAGUUAUUUUCUAAUUUUAGUAUUUACAAUCUCACAAAACAUUUUAUUAGUUUAUUCUUCAACUUAUGAUAAACAUUCAAAUCCAGGUUAUAUUUAUUCUCGUAAAUUUUCAAAUCAUCUCAAUUGGCUAAAAUCAAAUUUACUUUAUUUUCCACUUCUCUUUCAAUUAACUGGUUCAAUAUGUUUUAAUUUAAUGCAAAUUAUUGAAAUUUUAUUAAAAUUCACAAACGUAUAUGCCAAAGAUUUUGAUAUUAACUCUUCUUUUCCAAAUACAUCCAUUGUACAUAAUUCAUUGUCAACUCAUGCUAUACAUCAAUCUUAUAUGAUUAAUCAGUAUCGUUAUGUAUCUCAUCAAGAAUUAUUUUUGAAAUACUUCAUUCUUUUUACACUAUGCAUAGAAGUAAUAGAAAAUUGUAUUGAGAUAAUAUGCAUUCCAUUAAUUAUGGUAAAAUGCUUUUUACAUCGAAUUACUAAACCUACAUUUUUUACUAAUUUAAUAGUUAAUUUAAUUACCAAUGAAAUUUGUUUAUUAUUAAUGAAAUUUUUCAAUCCACAAUUGUUGAGUUUAGAGGAUAAUUCUACUUUGAAUUGUUCUAUUAACUAUUUAAAUAGUCAUAAUAUGACUAACAAAAUUACUACUAACAGUAUUAUUAGUCCUCAUGAUGUUACUUAUGAAAUGUUAGUUCAAAACACUAGUACUAUUGUUAAUAGUCAAACUAAUUUUAUUCAUGAAAAUAAAACAGUUAAUGAAAUUUGUAAUCUAGUACAAUUUACCAAAGUUACAACUAAUUGGUGGUAUUGGAUAUUUAUAAAACAAUUAAGUUAUUCCAUUUGUAUUAUAUUUCGACAAUCUAUGUUAAUAUGUUGUGGAUUUUUAUAUUCAAGUUAAAUAAUGAAAUUAAUUUAUAAAUACAAAGAUCUAUAUAUAUAUUUUCCUUGAAAAAACUUGGACCAGAUUGCCAGAUGAAACGUUGGAUUUAAUUCAAAUUUUUUCGCUGAGAUUUCACAAAUACAUUCUUCCUCUUUAAAGAUCUAUACGUUUAUCAGAAUAUUAUCAUUUUUAAGAGAAAAAUUACAUAACAACUUUCUAUUGUUCACAGUAUUCUUUUUUUUUGUUGUUGUAAAAACUAAAGUAUGUUCCAUGAUAAACUUUUCAACUUUCAUUAAUUGUAUAGUUACAUGUUUUUGCAUUCGUAAAUUGUCUAUUUGAUUGUAUUACUCUAAAAGUUGCUUUCUCUUUCAAAUAACUAUCCCUCCACUCCUAUAUUAAUUCAUAAUGUGUUGUUGUGAAAAGUUAUGAUACAAAGAAGAAAAAAACUUAUUAAAAGUGAUAUUGUUGAUCAAUAAAAUAAAAGUAAAUCAUUUUAGUUCCAUGGAUAAAAACUGAGAAAAUAUAUUUCUGUUAUGGAUUUUGAAUUUAAACUUAUUUUUGCAAAAAUAUGUAAAAUUGUAAAUUCAAUCUAUUGAAUGUCUAUUGUUUAUCAUUACAUAUGAAUUAGUUGAGUAUAUUAAGUUAAAUAAAAUAGUUUAAACUGAA